CUGAGCUUUCCUUUUGGUCGAGCAGCGUGGGCUAAAGCAGUGUGUCUGGGUGCAGUAACCGAUUCAUUCUGCGAGAAUAGCGACUUCUACAGCUGAUUCAGGAUGGACUCCUCUUUGAGUGCAGCUCAAAUCCGCGAGAAGUUCAUUGACUUCUUCCGUCGCUAUGAGCACAAGUACGUCCACUCGUCAGCCACCAUCCCGCUUGACGACCCUACGCUGCUCUUCGCCAAUGCUGGCAUGAACCAGUUCAAGCCCAUCUUCCUCAACACCAUUGACCCGUCCCACCCUAUGGCCAGGCUGCGUCGUGCCGCCAACACGCAGAAGUGUAUCCGUGCAGGAGGCAAACACAACGACCUGGACGAUGUGGGGAAAGAUGUGUACCAUCACACCUUCUUCGAGAUGCUGGGGUCCUGGUCCUUUGGGGACUACUUCAAGCAACUGGCCUGUAACAUGGCCCUGGAGCUGCUGACCCAGGAGUUUGGUAUUUCCAUAGACCGCCUGUAUGUCACCUACUUCGGGGGUAACGCUGAGGCAGGCCUGGAGCCCGACCUGGAGUGCAAGCAGAUCUGGAUCGACCUCGGGGUGGAGGAGGCUCGCAUCCUGCCAGGCAGCAUGAAGGACAACUUCUGGGAGAUGGGAGACACCGGUCCCUGCGGCCCCUGCAGUGAGAUCCACUACGACCGCAUCGGAGGGAGGGACGCCGCUCACCUGGUGAACAUGGACGACCCCAACGUGCUGGAGAUCUGGAAUCUUGUGUUCAUUCAGUUUAACAGAGAGUCAGAGACGGAGCUGAAGCCGCUGCCUAAGAAGAGCAUCGACACAGGGAUGGGACUGGAGCGCCUGGUGUCCGUCCUGCAGAACAAGAUGUCCAACUACGACACUGACCUCUUUGUCCCGUACUUUGAAGCCAUUCAGAAGGGUACAGGUGCUCGACCUUACACCGGGAAAGUAGGCGCUGAGGAUACUGACGGUAUUGACAUGGCCUACCGUGUGCUGGCUGACCACGCCCGCACCAUCACCAUCGCCCUGUCAGAUGGCGGUCGGCCUGACAACACAGGAAGAGGCUACGUGUUGAGGAGGAUCCUUCGUCGUGCUGUCCGUUACUCACACGAGAAGCUGAAAGCUCAGAAAGGUUUCUUUGCCUCUUUGGUGGACGUGGUGGUCGAUUCGCUGGGCGAAGCCUUCCCGGAGCUGAAGAAAGACCCAGAAAUGGUGAAGGACAUUAUUAAUGAGGAGGAGACGCAGUUCCUCAAAACCCUCAGCAGGGGACGCUGCAUCCUCGAUAGGAAGAUCAGCAGUCUGGGAGACAGCAAGACCCUUCCAGGUGACACAGCAUGGCUGCUGUACGACACAUACGGCUUCCCUCUGGACCUGACCUCCCUCAUCGCAGAGGAGAAGGGCAUGGAGGUGGACAUCGCCGCUUUCGAAGAGGAGAAGAAGGCAGCACAGUUAAGGUCCCAGGGUAAGGGCGCAGGAGACGUAGACCACAUCAUGUUGGACAUCUAUGCCAUCGAAGAGCUGAGGAACAAGAAGAUCCCCGCCACAGAUGACUCGUGCAAAUACAGAUACACCUCCGAAGAAGACGGCACCUACAACUUUGAGCAGGCCUCAGCCACGGUGCUCGCCCUGCGCCGCGACCGCGCCUUCUGCGAUGAAGUGACCACGGGGCAGGAGUGCGGUGUGCUGCUGGACCAGACGUCCUUCUACGCCGAGCAGGGCGGACAGACAUUCGAUGAGGGCUACAUGGUCCGAGAGGACGACAGCACAGAGGACCGGAUGGAGUUCACAGUGAAGAACACGCAGGUCAGAGGAGGUUACGUCCUCCAUAUUGGGACGGUCUAUGGCGUUCUGAAGGUUGGAGACCGCGUUACCUUACGUGUGGAUGAGGCUCGUCGCAGGCCCAUCAUGAGCAACCACACCGCCACACAUAUCUUGAACUUUGCCCUGCGGGGGGUCCUGGGGGAGGCUGACCAGAGGGGCUCCCUGGUGGCCCCUGACCGUCUGCGCUUUGACUUUACUGCUAAAGGUGCCCUGAGCACCGGGGAGGUCCGCAGGACUGAGGAGAUCGCCUGUGCCAUGAUAAAAGAAGCUAAGCCGGUGUACGCUCUGGAAGCCCCACUAGCAAAGGCUAAGGCCAUUCAGGGCCUGCGUGCCGUGUUUGAUGAGACCUACCCUGACCCCGUCCGCGUCGUCUCUAUCGGUAUCCCAGUUGAGACCCUGCUGGAAAACCCCGACAGCACUGCUGGGUCUCUCACCUCCAUCGAGUUUUGUGGUGGAACCCAUCUGCAGAACGCAGGUCACGCCGCGCCGUUUGUCAUCGUCUCAGAGGAGGCCAUCGCUAAGGGCAUCCGCCGCAUUGUUGCUGUGACAGGAACAGAGGCCCAGAAGGCCGAGAAGAAAGCCGAUUCCCUUCAACAGUCUUUGUCCAAACUGGGAGACAAGGUGAAGCAGCAGACUGCCCCGAACAAGGACAUCCAGAAAGAGAUUGGUGACAUGACGGAGUCGAUAGGCACAGCAAUGAUCUCCCAGUGGAGGAAAGACGAGAUGAGGGAAUCCCUAAAGGGCCUGAAGAAGACCAUGGACGACUUGGACCGCAACUACAAGGCUGACAUCCAGAAGAGAGUCCUGGAGAAAACCAAGGAUGUGAUUGAAAGCAACCCCAACCAACCACUGCUCAUCAUGGAGAUGGAGACCGGAGCCUCGGCAAAGGCUCUGAACGAGUCACUGAAGCUGCUGAAGACUCAGUCUCCUCAGACCGCUGCGAUGCUCUUCACCGUAGACCCCGACGCCGGCAAGAUCACCUGCCUGUGUCAAGUCCCGCAGGAUGUGGCCAACCGCGGACUGAAGGCCAGCGAGUGGGUUCAGGAGGUGUGUCCCCUGCUGGACGGCAAAGGCGGCGGCAAGGACAUGUCUGCUCAGGCCACCGGCAAGAACACACACUGCCUGCAGGAGGCGCUACAGAUGGCCAACGAGUUUGCACAGCUGAAACUGGGAGAGAACUAAGAGGAGAGGGGGGUGUGUGUGGGGAGGUG